AUGGCUACCGACAAGUCAACCUCGGAAAAGGAAAAGCCCUUCACACAACUCCCCACGGAUUGUCUGAUAUCUAUCCUGGAUCAACUGUCAACGAAAGAUUCAUUAGCAGUAUCCAAGACAUGCAAAGACAUCCGCGCGUCAGCCACGCCUUUCGCCUACCGCGAGGUCACCCUUGACUGGACUAAUCGGCCUCUGCGUCGAGUACUGCAGUUAUUGCGAUUGAUAUUCAACUCGCCCGAUAUAGCAUCGUACAUCCAACAUGUCAGUCUCGUGUCCUCCGAACCGGAAACCUGGGAAGAAACCCAGCCGGAUAUGAACUGGGAAACCGAGUCCUACGACUUCAGCGAUGUCACCGACCAAUCCAUAGACAUUGUCCGACGAGCCGGGUUCAGCGACCUUGACGACUGGCAGCUGCCCCUGAACAACGGCAACAUCUACUGCUACACGGCCAUCCUCCUCUCCCAGCUCCCGAACCUAAAGUUCCUCCGCCUGGACUACUCCUUCGUCUGGCAGGACGGGUACCCAGGGCUCAUGCUAAAGCAAGCUCUCUUCUCCCCAAACGGAGUGCUAUCCACCUUCCAACACCUCGAGGUAGUAGACUACGGCGGCAACAUCCCCAUUGCCGAGCACGAGGAUGAAUCCCGGGACGGCUAUCCUGCCUACAACCCAGACCAAUUCACAGCCUGGUUCUAUCUCCCCUCACUACGCCAAUUAUCAAUAUGGCUCCGCGACAUCAAUCAACUCCGAGAAAAAGCCACAACCCCCAAUCUCACCGACCUAGAAACCCUGAUCCUCGCACGCACCACCAUCUCCGAAUCAGACAUCGCCUUCCUGCUCUCCCAGAGCCCCAACCUCCGAACCCUCCACCUAGGCCUCGCCUACGCCUGGGGCCGAGAACUCGUCCUCCAAGACGCAGACACGCUAGCACAGGCCCUGAAACAGGUCGCCACGACACUGCAGCACCUCUCCCUCGGAGUAGAAUACUACCCUUCGACGCUAGGCGACCGCUACUGGGACGGCGCAGACGACCACUUCCACGACGCCCUCGGGGAUAUGCUCUCGUGGUUCCCGAAUCUGGCGACGGCGGAGGUCCCCCUCUGCGUGCUUAUGGGCUGGUAUCUACAGGAUGCACCGCAGCUGGGGCCUCAACUGCCGAAGUCCCUAAGGAGGUUGUGUUUGCGGGAGGAUCUGCGCAGUUUCUAUGAUUUCGAGUGGGAGCAGGAUGAGGUCGAUGGGCUUGUGAGGGAGUUUGUGGCUAAUUGGCGUGGGUUUACUCCGCUGUUGGAGUGUGUUACGUGGCGGCUCUGGGACCAGAAUUAUAUGGAUGGGUGGGAGGCGUUUCAGGAGGAGUUGAGGCAGACUUGUGCGGAUCAGGGUCUGGGGUUGGAGGUGGUUGUGGAUGAGCUUGGGACGGGGUUGUGGUGUCGGGAGGGGGUUUCUUGGGGGAGUGUGUCACGGGGAUGA